AUGAAGAGAGCUUCCUCAUCAGCCUCUGCUUCACGGUCUUCAUCUGUGGCCAUGGGGCGACGGAGAAUAUGCAAGUGUAUGGAAAACCUAGUCCUCCUCACUUCGCACAGUGAGGAUAACCCUGACAGAAAGUUCUGGAGAUGCACAAAUUGGCAUAAUGCAAAGGAUUGUGGUCACUUCAAGUGGGCUGACGAAGAGGAUGAAGCAGAUUUAGAGGCUGCACUGAGACAUUUGGAACUUCAGUUGGUGAAAAUUACUCUGCAGGAGGAACAAAUCAAACCAAAGAUUGCGAAAUUGGAGAAAAAACUUGUCCAACAAAGAUUCCAAAAAAAGGUGGUCAUGGUGUUUGCUGCGUUGUCCUGCUUAGUGGUCAUGAUGUUCUGCUUUUGCCGAAGUCAUGCACAUGCUUAA